UUUGAAUCCAGGGGCGGGCUGGGCUGAAGUGUAGGUAACCGCGGGCUGCGGGUUCACUGUGUCGCGCGGCUCGGGACGAGGCAGAACCCCUGGCUACUGGCUCUCCCUUCAGGACUAAAGAUCCGAGGACAGCCACGACACUCAUGUGCCGCGGGGCGUCCGGAAUAAACCCAAGGAGGAGGAUAGCCGAGCUGCGGGAGUGAGAGGUGGGGCCAAGUGCCCUGGUUUGAACUCCAGAUGGAUACCAACUCAAAAGGCAGCAACCCCCCUGAAACCAAAGAGUCUGCUCUUAAUGCGGAAAAUGCCUCUCUCGUUUUGGGAAAUGGGAAUCUUGUAAUACCUUCAAAUCAUGCAGCUGAAGUGACUCCUGAUCUUUGCACACCAGAUACUUUUAAAUCACCUUUGGACUUUUCCACAGUAACUGUGGAACAACUGGGAAUUACACCUGAAAGCUUUGUAAAAAACUGUUCAGGAAAGUCAUUAUCCUACCUUAAAAAAUCCAGAAGACGCUCUACAGUUGGUGUCCGGGGCUCUCCUGAAACAAACAACCUUAUUCGUUUCAUUGCUCAGCAGCGGAAUUUAAAGAAUGCAGAGAAGUCUCCUUUGACACAGAAUUUCCCUUUUCCGGGCAGCCCUGUACUGCAUCGAAAUGUCAGUUCUUUAAGAGAGCGAAUAUCUGCCUUCCAGUCAGCUUUUCAGUCCGUAAAGGAAAAUGAAAGAACUACCGCCUGUCCUGAUUUCUCAGAGGCAGAGGAAGAGUUCAAGCAAACAGGCUUGACCAAAAAGGAAAGUCUGGGUGAGCGUCGACAGUCUGCGUGCCCUGCCCAGUCACCCAAACGUCGGAGACGAUCUUCUCAGAGCCGCUUGGACGCCAGUCUCACUACGGCAGCUGCUCUGCAGACGUUCAGUACGGCCACCCCUCCUGAUGCAGACAGAACAAGCACAGCUGAAACUUCGGCAGACCUUUCUGAAAAAUCUUCUGAACCUGGUUUAGCACAGUCUGGGUGUUUAGCUGAAGAGUCUCUUCUCUCAGAGCUCACAGAGGCUUCAAGUGGAAUCAAGGCUGCUAACUGUGCAAAGGGCAGAGAAUCAGGAGAUGCUGUUUCACCUGACAAAUUUGCAGAAGGGAGCAGAGGCCCGGCUCCUGAAGUCAGGUCCCUGGUCACUCCACCGUGCAAGAGGGACAUUCUGUCCUCCGAGACCUCUGUCCUUCGUUCUGUGCUGAAGAAACCCUCCGGGAAGCUGAGUCCAGAAAGCCUGCAGGAGCACUGUGACACCCUCUGUGGUCCUGGGGCUCACCCAAGCUUCCCCUCGCAUCCUGCAAACUGUGGCAGAGAACAAAAAGCAGAAGGUCAAGAAAAUUACAAAGUGCCGGCCUUUGUAAAUAUGAGGAAGAGGAAGAGGGUGACCUUUGGAGAGGACCUGAGCCCCGAAGUGUUUGAUGAGUCUCUGCCAGCCAACACCCCAUUGCAAAAAGGAGGGACACCUGUCCGGAGAGAGGACUUAAGUGGGAUCAGCCCUGUGCUGCUUGAGCAGUCACCGGUUCCUGAGCCGUUGCCUCAGCCCAACUUUGAUGACAAAGGGGAAGAUGUUGAAAACAUAGAACCUCUUCAGGUAUCAUUUGCUGCUGUGAGCCCUCUUAGUAAGUCUUCAGUCUCUGAGACUCUUUCAGGCACUGAUACCUUCAGCUUUUCAAAUAACCACAAGAAAAUACCUUCCUGUAAAGACGGUAGAAGAACACGGUCCUCUAGCAGAAGAAGUCAAUUGAUCAGUUUUGCAGAAGAGAGUGUUUGCAACUUGCUUAACACGGAAGCUCAGCCUUGCAAAGAGAAGAAAAUUAAAAGGAGGACAUCUCAAGAAAGCAAGGGCCCACACAGAAUACCUCCAAAAAAGAAUCAGAGUUUAAAAAGUUCCCAGAAGAAGAAAGGAAGAAAAAAGAAGGGUGUUCAGAAGAACCUCUAUGGGGAACGAGACAUUGCGUCUAAGAAGCCGCUUCUGAGUCCGAUCCCGGAGCUUCCCGAGGCCUCCGAGACGCCGCCUCCACUUCCAGGCGUCUGCAGGGCGCUGCCAGAUGAUUUCAGCUCAAAUGGUGAACUCGAAGAAAGGAAGCUUCCUGGAAGAAAGAAUCUUUUCCCUCAGAACUCAGAAGAAUUCAAUAAGUACAAUGUGUCUGAAUUCUGCAGUUCUUACAUAAAAAGUUCCUUGUCGCUUAUUAAUGCCACUUUUGAUCAGAAUUCAAGUAUAAAUACUAUGGGAAUCCAUGCAAAUAAAAUUAUUCCAAAAGCAGAAGUUAAGUUGGAAAGUGAAAAUGACUUAAAAACUGCAACCAGGAAUGAAAACAGCCAUAUUUCUUGUGCUUCUGUGACUGAAAAACCCAUCGUGUCAGAUGGUCCACAGUCCGAUUUUAUCAGGCAGCCCCAAGAGGGUUCUGCUGCUGGUCAAAAUGUGGGAAAUCUUCAGAGCUUUGAAAUUUCAGGAGAAGGAAAGUGUGAACAAAAAGAUGACUUCUUAGUAGGACCGGAAGGAAAACUGCAGACUGAGGAUUUCACGUCUGGCUCACAAAAAGAAUGUGAUUAUUCAGAAGAUGUCUUAAUUGACGAAAGAAAAAAGAAAAGUCAAAUUGAGGAUUUGGGAAGAAACUCCACGAAAAGCAGAAGGGAUGUGAGUUGCGAAGGGAAAUCACAAAGGCACUCUAUGUGCUCUCUUGAUGAUCACCGUUUAUCUUUGGGAGAAAAAGGAAUGCACAAACCUUCCUACAGUGUGGGCAGCUCUGCAGAAAUUAGUUUGGAAAAUUCUGAACUGUGUAAAGAUUUAUCUGACUCCAUAGAACAAACCUUUCAGAGAACAAAUAGGGAGGCAAGAGUCCGACGUAGCACAAGGCUACAGAAAGACUUGGAAAGUGAAGGACUUGUAUGGAUUUCACUUCCAGUCCCUUCCGCUUCCUGCCCCUCCCAAAGAGCCAGAAGGAGAACCAUGCAUACAUUAGACAGCAGAGGAUUUGAAAGUGUGUCCCCUAGGAAAGAAACUGUGUCCUUCAGGCAAAAAAUGGGGAUACCCUGCUCCAUAUCAAAUCAAGAAAACAGUGAGGGCUUUGCGGACACUUUUUCCCGUGUACCUGGGAAAAGGAGGAAGAGCUUUUGUACAUCUGCACUUGCAGACACUGCAAACACGAAGCACAAAUGCUAUAAAAGAAGACCCUUCCCCAGCCAGAAGGGAGAAGGCUCUCCAGAUGAUGCCGGAAGAAUGAACCGCGUCGGAGAACUGCAGCAAUAGCUGACGAACGUGUGGCAUGAGGGAUGCUGACCACCCGGGCUGGAGAGAUCCUGCCAUCCUAGCUCCUGUUAUUUGUUCAACUUCAGUGUUUAAACAUUUCAAAUAAAGUCAUGUGAGUUGAACCUACUUUUAAGUAGACAUAAGUGAAUUUCUUUUCAUUAAAAAAUAAAUGUAUUAAAUAUGCCCUUCCCCCAGAUGGUAAAUGCUUUAUUAAUAUUUUGCUAAAAAGGAUUGUUUUUAGACCCAAUAAUGUGUCUUAAGUUCGUUUUAUGUUAGUACAUAUUCACCACCAAAGGAUUUGAACUGUUGAAAAAAAUUAUCUUUUAGAAUUGGCGCAUUACAUCUAAAUGAGAAGGUUUUGUUUUUUUAAUUGACAUAAGUAAUGUAACUAUGAAAGUGGAUGUUAAUACAAGGUGGAAAGCUGUUUUUAAAAAUGUGUUUCUAUUUAAAAAAUACUGCAGAAAACUGGUUAAAAGUUUUAAAAAUUAGAGUAGAUGGAAAUUGUAAAACUUGUUUUCUCUUUAAGCUAAAGUUAAGAGAAGCUUAAUUAAAUGACUUGCUAUAGCUGUCUGAAAUGAAAAUU